AUGGCUUCUCUUCUCCGAUCAAUUGUAGCAGGUCCUCGUUCACGCCAUCCCGAGGCAGGCUUGGACCUUUGCUACGUUACAGACAAUAUCAUCGCCACCUCUGGCCCAUCUUCGACUUAUCCCCAACGCGCUUACCGCAACCCAACCGACGCUCUUGUUAGAUUUCUUGACUACAAACAUGGCAACAAGUGGGCGAUAUGGGAGUUUCGUGCCGAAGGUACAGGCUAUCCGGACAGCGAGGUCUACAAUCGAAUAAGACAUUUUCCAUGGCCAGAUCAUCAUCCUCCCCCUUUCGCUCUGAUACCCAACAUCGUGGCUAGUAUGCGAGAGUGGCUGAAAGGUCCCGAGUCGGAAGAGGGGAGAACGAUUGUAGUACAUUGCAAAGCUGGAAAAGGCAGGAGUGGGACCUCGGCUUGUAGCUACCUGAUCAGCGAGGAAGGAUGGACCAUUGAGGAAGCACUGACGAGAUUUACCUCUAGGAGAAUGAGGAGCGGAUUCGGAAGUGGAGUCAGUAUACCAAGCCAAUUGCGGUGGGUCGGUUACGUAGAUUGGUGGACGAGACAUGGCAAGGUCUACAUUGAGAGGCAAAUCGAAAUUCUCGAAGUACACGUAUGGGGACUCCGAGACGGGGUGAAAGUGGCUGUUGCGGGCUACGUGGAGGAAGGUAGAGUCAUCAAGACAUUUCACACAUUCGACAGAAAAGAGAGGAUGAUCAUGGAUGGGGAGUCGCAGAAGAUGGUCAAUCCCGCAAGCGUCUCGGAUCAUCUCAACGAGAAAGCUCUCCCUCUCCAGGAGACCAACUUUCAAGCUGACCCCAGCCAUCCUUCCUACUCAUCCUCGGUCUACUCCAAAAUAGCUCACCAACCGGGCGCGGAUGCUGUCCUCUUCCGUCCUGAACGCCCAAUCGUACUUCCUACAUCCGACAUCAACGUCGACUUCGAACGCCGCAAUAAGGCUACCUACGGCCUCACAAUGGUCACGUCAGUCGCACAUGUCUGGUUUAAUGCGUUCUUUGAAUCUCAAAACUCCUCUACCUCUCAACCUGACUACGGGACUACCUCCAGGGCCACAGCCGAUCCUCCUAGCGCGGACACCCUACCUGACAGCGGUGUCUUCGAAAUUGACUGGGAAGCAAUGGACGGCAUCAAAGGGUCGGCUCGUAAAGGUACCCGCGCGCUUGACCGUCUAGCAGUCGUAUGGCGAGCUAUUCCAGAAACCAAGGAAGGCCUCACCAAGAUCAUCACUGAGCCAAGCGUCGGCCAGCCGGUCCCAGAGAGCAAAGCCGCGGAUUGGAAGAACGCGAACCUCAAAAUCGCUGCCGAAAGUCUAGGCAAGGACCUAGGACUGCGAACUGAGAGCCCGUCGAGUACUAAUGUGAGUAAGGCCAGCAGUACGACUGAUCUCAGCAAUACAGCACUGGCUGCAGAAAGAAGCGAUAGCGAUUCGGAAGCUGGCGUCAAAGCCCAUGGACCGGAAGGGGAAGAGCAUAUACCGCAUCCGGAUCAUCCUGCUAUUUCUAUAUCGGAGCCUGCGCCGAUGGAUCGCAGUCAUUCAGAUGGAGUUGGCGGGCCCCCCAACGUCAACUUGGGAAUCGAGGAAAUGCGCAGCCCUAUUCCUGACCCUGAUAUGAGAUCAGCCAGUACACAGGAUUUGCCGGGUAUUCACGGGCAAUUGCCAUGA